GUGCCUAAAACUCGAAAACCAAGGCGCCCAGGGUUGUGUGAGGGUUUCCGCUCUGCGCCCCGUGGGGUUCCAUGGGUCUUGCACAGCAUCAAUCCUGCGCCGCCGGUCCAACUGCUCCAGGUCAUCAGUUUGCCCCAUCAUUGGUUAAGGUGGUAUUCUCUACAUUAUAAAGCUUGAUGGAGUUUGUGACAGCCCUGGUGAACCUCCAAGAGGAGUCUAGCUGUCCCAUUUGUCUGGAGUACUUGAAAGACCCCGUGACCAUCAACUGUGGGCACAACUUCUGUCGCUCCUGCCUCAAUGUAUCCUGGAAGGAUCUAGAUGAUACCUUUCCCUGUCCUGUCUGCCGUUUUUGCUUUCCAUACAAGAGCUUCAGGAGAAACCCCCAGCUCCGUAAUUUGACUGAAAUUGCUAAACAACUCCAGAUUAGGAGGAGCAAGAGAAAGAGGCAGAAAGACAAUGCCAUGUGUGAAAAACACAAUCAGUUUCUGACCCUCUUCUGUGUGAAGGAUCUAGAGAUCUUAUGUACACAGUGCAGUUUCUCCACUAAACACCAGAAGCACUACAUUUGCCCUAUUAAGAAAGCUGCCUCUUAUCACAGAGAAAUUCUAGAAGGUAGCCUUGAGCCCUUGAAGAAUAAUAUAGAACGAGUUGAAAAAGUGAUAAUUCUGCAAGGCAGCAAAUCAGUGGAGCUGAAAAAGAAGGUAGAAUAUAAGAGGGAAGAAAUAAAUUCUGAGUUUGAGCAAAUUAGAUUGUUUUUACAGAAUGAACAAGAGAUGAUUCUUAGGCAGAUACAAGAUGAAGAGAUGAACAUUUUAGCAAAACUAAAUGAAAACCUUGUAGAACUUUCAGAUUACGUUUCCACGUUAAAACAUCUACUGAGGGAGGUAGAGGGCAAGUCUGUGCAGCCAAACCUGGAAUUACUGACACAUGUUAAGAGUGUGCACCACAAGCAUCAAAACCUAAAAUGCCCUGAACUCUUUUCAUUUAAAUUAACAAAAUAUGGUUUCAGUCUUCCUCCUCAAUAUUCUGGCUUGGACAGAAUUAUCAAGCCAUUUCAAGUAGAUGUGAUUCUAGAUCUUGACACGGCACAUCCUCAACUUAUUGUCUCUGAGGAUAGAAAAGCUGUGCGAUAUGAAAGAAAAAAACCAAACAUUUGUUAUGACCCAAGGAGAUUUUAUGUCUGCCCUGCUGUCUUAGGCUCUCAGAGAUUUAGUUCUGGCCGACAUUACUGGGAAGUAGAAGUGGGAAACAAACCUAAAUGGAUAUUGGGUGUGUGUCAAGACCAUCUUCUUAGGAACUGGCAGGAUCAGCCAUCAGUUCUGGGCGGAUUCUGGGCAAUUGGGCGAUACAUGAAGAGUGGUUAUGUUGCAUCAGGUCCUAAGACAACCCAGCUUCUGCCAGUAGUAAAACCCAGUAAGAUUGGUAUUUUUCUGGACUAUGAAUUGGGUGAUCUUUCCUUUUAUAAUAUGAAUGAUAGGUCUGUUCUCUAUACUUUUAAUGAUACUUUCACAGAAGCCGUUUGGCCUUAUUUCUAUACUGGAACAGAUUCUGAACCUCUUAAAAUCUGCUCAGUAUCAGAUUCUGAAAGCUAAGGAACUGGUAAAUGAGUCUGUUUCAGUUUUUGUAGGUAACUUAGCCAGUAAAUUUAAUCUCAUUUCUGGAAUCUUUAAGUUUUACCACUGAAAACCAGAGUCAAUUUUUCUCCUAAAUUUUUGGCAACUAUAACAAGAUGUUCAUAAUGCCACUUUCAUAUAUUCCAUGAAUAUCAGUUGUCAAGUGCUUUGAUUUCUAAGAUAAAAUAUUUUAGAAUUAUAUUACUUAAUGUGUCCAAUAAAAUGUUUUCAAAUUGCCUAUAA